AUGUGGAUCAGUGUCGCGAUCAUUUGUGUGGGUUUGCUCGUAUUUCUAUUAAAAUAUGUGUUCGGCAGCUCCGGGCCAAACCCCUUCGACACGGACACCCGUGAGCCGUUGAAACAGAUGGUCCACAACCGGAAAGAGAAAAAUAAAGUUCUGAAGCAAGGUUUCCUGGCCAGUAAAGUACCUGAGAACCUGGAUGCCAUCAUCAUCGGCAGUGGGAUCGGUGGACUGGGGCUUGCGGUGCUGAUGGCCAAAGUUGGAAAGAAAGUCCUCGUUCUGGAGCAGCAUGAUCGGGCUGGAGGAUGCUGCCACACGUUCACCGAGAAGGGCUUUGAGUUUGAUGUCGGAAUCCACUACAUCGGUGACCUGCUGGACCACAAGCCGUUCCGCUGCAUGCUGGACCAAAUGACCAACGGACAGCUGCAGUGGGAGCCUCUGGAGAAUCCCUUUGACCAGGUAGUGCUGGGACCACCGGAAAACCGCCGCCAGUAUCCCAUCUACAGCGGCAGGACCCGCUUCCCCGAGGAGCUGAAGAAGUGCUUCCCCGGAGAGGAGAAGGCCAUCGAUGAGUACUUGAAGCUGGUCAAGAAAGUCGGGCGGGGCAUUUGGCUCCUCGCUAUGCUGAAGAUCUGCCCCGUCCCCUUGGCCAAGUUCCUUGUCUACACCGGCCUGGCCAAACGUCUGUCCUUAUUCUUCAAAAUGGCCUCCCGCAGCCUGACCGAAGUGGUCAAUGAGCUGACGGAGAACAAGGACCUCAGGGCCGUCUUCGCCUACAUCUUUGGCACCUACGGAAACAUGCCGAAAGAUGCCAGCUUUUCUAUGCACAGCUUGCUGGUCACUCACUACCUGAACGGUGCCUGGUACCCGAAAGGCGGAGCCACUGAAAUCGCCUACCACAUGAUCCCCAUCAUUGAGAAGGCAGGUGGCGCCGUGCUAGUUCGAGCCCCAGUCAACCGGAUCUUGUUCAAUGACGCCAAGGAGGCUUAUGGUGUGAGCGUCAUGAAAGGCCAGGAGGAAGUACACGUCCAUGCCCCUAUGGUCAUCUCUAACGCUGGCAUCUUCAACACCUACCAGAAGCUGCUGCCCAAAGACCUGCAAGCAAUGCCAGCCAUCCAGAAGCAGCUGAGUAUGAUGAAGAACGGUGAAGGUGGCCUGAGUGUUUUUCUGGGUCUGACUGGAACCAAAGAGGAGCUGGGCCUGAAAGCAGACAACUACUGGAUCUUCACCGAGAACAAUUUCGACGAACUGGUGGAGACCUACCUGAAGGGAAAGCGGGAAGAAUCUGCUAAGAAUGUACCUCUCCUGUUCGUCGCCUCCCCGUCGGCUAAAGAUCCAACCUGGGAGGAAAGAUCACCGGGAAAGUCCACCUUGAGUCUCGUCAGUUUCGCCAACUACGAGUGGUUUGAGGAGUGGAAGGACGACAAGGUGACGAACAGAGGGCCCGAAUACAAAGAGCUGAAACAGGCUUUCAUUGACUCCAUUCUGGAGGUGGUUAUGGGCGUCUUCCCCAAGAUAACCAGAGACAAGAUUGAGUACGUUGACGCUGGAACCCCCAUCACAAACACGCACUAUAUCGGAGCCCCCAAAGGUGAAAUCUACGGAGCGGAUCACGGCAUCGCCCGUUUCAGCCCUGAGCUCAACGCUACCGUGAGACCUCAGACUCCGCUGAAGAACCUCUAUCUGACAGGUCAGGACGUGUUUUUGUGUGGCUUUGCCGGUGCUCUCGCUGGAGCUCUCACCUGCGGCUCGGUCAUCCUCAACCGCAACCUCCACCUGGAUGCCAUCGCCUUGGCAAAGCAAACUAAAUUCAUGAAUGCCAAACUGAAAGGGGAGUAAACAGCCUGAAAACAUUCGGUUAUAUACUGUAAUUAAUCAGUACCGUCAAACCCACAAAUACCCCGUGUGAGGAGGCUCAAAGCGCCCCGGCACAGACUCCCAGAUUUCAUUUAACAAAUGAGUUAUUAUUGCUACACCCAGCUCAUAAACACUAAGCUGUGUUUGUACUUUAAAAUAUGCAUAUUUACACUGAUUCAUGCUUCAAUACUCAAAGUUUGUCAGUAAAUGUAAGAGGUGGGAUGUUUUGACAUCUGAGUAAUGAGGCUGUUGAGCUUCCAACAGUCAGCCUGCACUAAUCAAAGCAAACAUGACCUCAACUGUUGAUGCAAAUGCUUUUUAUAAACCAUUCACCAUGUUGUGUACUAUGCAUACACUUAAUAAUGCCUUUGCUCUUAACUCCUGUGCCUGUGGUGUGUUUGGAUUUUUCAGUUUGUAACAGGUUUACAAAGAGUGCUCCCUUUUUAAUAUUAAAGGGUACAAACAAUGAA